ACUAACUUGACAACUGUCGUAACUGUCAUUCUGUUUCAUCGCAAUCGCCUUUUUGUGAUUUUUCAGGCAGCUUUUCCUAAAUUAUAGUAUUAAAACCCCAUAAAAACAGACAAAAUCGACAAUGACAAACUACACUGAAGAUCAACUUGCUGAAUUCCAAGAAGCCUUCAACUUGUUUGACAAUCGUGGCGAUGGAAAGAUCCAACAACACCAAAUUGGCGAGUGUUUGCGCGCUCUCGGUCAAAACCCCACGGAAAGUGACGUGAAAAAAUUCACGCAUCAAUUGAAGCCCGACGAACGUGUCUCGUUCGAGGUUUUUCUCCCCAUCUACCAGGCAAUUUCGAAACAACGAUCUUCCGAUACGGCUGACGAUUUCAUCGAGGGCUUGCGACACUUUGACAAAGAUGCGAGCGGCUUCAUUUCCUCCGCGGAAUUGAGACACUUGUUGACCACGUUGGGCGAGAAAUUGAGCGAUGAGGAAGUCGAGCAAUUGCUUACGAGUCAAGAGGAUUCCCAAGGAAACGUCAACUACGAGGAAUUCGUUCGUAUGGUCAUGAGCGGUUAA